CCAGUAAUGAAUGUCUUGAUCGAACCCUGAAUACUUGUGAUGAAAAUGCUGAUUGCAUUGAUACACCGGAUUCCUAUACUUGUCAAUGCUAUGCAGGAUUUGUGGAUGUUUCAUCUAGUGCUAAUUUACAACCUGGUCGAGUAUGUACGGUACAAACAACUUGCCCAAAGCAAAAAACUGAUCUUAUGUUCCUAAUUGAUGGUUCCGGAUCAAUUGGCUCUUAUGUUUUUAAAAAUGAAGUAUUACGAUUUAUCAAAGAAUUUGUGGAACUAUUUGAUAUUGGUUUGGAUAAUACACGUGUUGGUUUAAUACAAUAUUCGGAUCAAAUUAGGCAUGAGUUUGAUUUAAGCCAAUAUACUGAUAAAGAAUCCGUUAUCAACGCGAUAUCACAAGUUCAAUAUUUAACAGGUCUUACAAGAACUGGUGCUGCAAUUCAGCAUAUGGUAAUGGAAGGUUUCUCGGAACGACGUGGCGCUCGUAAGCAAGGUGAUGAUGUCGCACGUGUAAGCAUCGUCAUUACUGAUGGUCGUAGUCAGGAUAAUGUUACGGAAGCUGCAAUAAGCGCUCGUAAAUCCCAUAUCAAUAUGUUUUCGGUUGGUGUAACGGAUCAU